AUGAUCUAUCUUCCACAGCUGCUUCUGAGGAGCAAGAAGCUGAGUCUGGUGUCGUCACACAUUUCCUUCUCAGCUGGGCUGAGAACCCUGGCGUCCAAAAGACGGUUCGGCACCCAGCCCAUGCUCCAGAAGGAGAGCCCCGUGUGCGAGGCGCCACAUAUGCCCGGUCCGACGCCAUACGAGUUGCGAGACGAUCUGUUGCGACUCAGAAGACUCAAGUCCGAAGCAGGACUCGAUGUGGACCCUGUGAUUGAGCUGCCAGCCAAAGAGACCAAGGGCAAGUCCUCGGAUAGGAACGACAAGGACAAGGUGGCUAUCGGCAGCCAAAUGAACCAGACCAUCCCCCGCGCCGAAGGGACCUCCAUGCCUAUCGAUAAUGCCGGGUUGAAUACAGGUAAUAGUAUUGAGAACAAGGAGGUUCCGGAUGCAGGGCUGUUUGGAGCUGUGGGUCUGGACUGCUCUGGCAUCACCGACAAUACCACCCUGGACAAGGAAAUGAACAAGUACAAGGAGGAGGAGGCUCGAGAUGUGCGGUACUACCAGUACUUUAAUACCUAUCAGGUGUUUGACGAACUCAAGGAGGGAGGGUUUGACGACGAACAGGCUCAUCAGAUGGUAGGGAUCAUUGGUGAUAUGGUCAAGUACAAGAUUGGCGAUAUUCUGGAAAACUACUUCCCCAUGCUAGACUCUGACAACGAAGCCUACUUGUUUGAGGCUGCCUGUUCGGAGCUGCGAACCGAGGUGCAGAAGAUGAGAGAGGCGGAUGUCAACGAACGACAGCUGGAAAUCGACUCGUUCCAGAAAGACAUGGAGGAGUUUGAGCAGGAUGUUAACUCGCUGCUGAUUGACAUGCGAAACAACAUUGACAUUCUGCUGAGCGAGCGAAAGAACGAGAACGACGAGGUGCUCAAACACACAGAUAUCCGAAUCCAGGAGGUAAACAACAGCAUUGUAGUUGACGCCAACCAUCGUAUGAAGCCCGUAAUCGAAGAGUUCCGGUGGGUGCUGAUGCGAAAUGGUCUAUUUCUCAUCUUUUCCGUGGCAGUCAUGCUGCUCGGAACUCUGUAUCUGUGGCGAGUCAAGACCAAGUUCCUGGAGGAGGAGAAGCGACGGGCCGAGGAGGUGGACCUCAACAAGACAGACUUGGAAAAGUCCAUGGAGGACCGAAUGCGAGACCACGAGCCCAUUGUUGACUACUUGCUGAAUUCCAAUGACACUCCUAACAAGGUGGUUCAUUAG